GUGUUGUCGCGCUAGGCGGUUCCUUGUACGUGGUGGGUGGUGACGAUGGUGUAUCAAGUCUAGCGUCCGUCGAAAUCUAUUCGCCGAGGGCUGACACCUGGACGACGCUGUCGACGUGCAUGGGGAUCGGUCGCAGCUACGCGGGUGUCGCGAUAAUUGACAAACCGAUGCCAUCUACGACAUCAAUGUGAGGAUUGCAAUCCGCUGGGCAUGGAACAGAACAGAACCCAGACCCGGGUGCCGAAGCGUCGGAUCAAUCACGGGAAGCCGGGCCCAGCGGUGUGCAAGUCCAGAAUCCAGAUCAGAACAUGCUCCAGCAGUAUCGCGGCGCUGGUCAUAACUGUCAAGGUCCGCGUUGCGUGUGUCAGAGAUACGAGAAUGGAGAACUGGCGGCUGUAGUGAUGAAUCAGAAUCGAAGCAAUCAAGAGAGAGACGACAAUUAUCAGAACACAGGGCGCAAUGCGCGGGGCUUCCAAAACCGACUUGGUGGCUUGGCACAAGGCUACUCGAAUCUAAAUCCGAACUACCAGAACCCUAUUGAUUUGGUUCACAAUUAUAAUCGUAAUCGACAACCACACGAAUCGGAAGAGAACAUUUACGAGCGUCUGGACAACGACGACGACGACGAGAACAACGAGAAUAACGGCGAGGCCAGUCGCAAUGAACCCAUUGCCCAGAACAAUCAGGACGAUCACAUGUAUGAGAGAAUCGACGAUCGAUAUUCUUGUAGCGGCAGAAUAUAUUCCCGUUGUUACAAAUACCAUAUCUUAAAUCACAUUGCUAUUCCGAAUUUCCUGUACGACAUGGAGUCUAGAAACUCGAGUCAGUACGACCAGCCUCGUCAGAUCUAUCUAGACUCGCGUUUGUCCAGCCAGUGCUGCCAAAAUCGGCUGGACCGAUUGGGCCGUAAUUGUUUCUCCACCGAAAACAUUGCUCACACUUCCACUGGACGUACAAUUUACCCACUCGGUUACAAUUGUAUGUGUUCCUUCUGCAGACACUUAGACCCUAGAUACCUGUGUCAUCACUGUCAUAAUUUGCAUAACAGAUCGCGCUAUCAGGAUGGGCCUGCGGGCAAUUCUAGGCAUGUUAUAUAUCAAUUGCCGAGAAACUGCAGGUGUCCCUUCUGUCGUGGCGAAUACUCUUACGUGAAACUGCCUGUUACGUCCUGCCGACCUCCUGAGUUCUGGAGGAUGGAAUGCUAUUGUAGGAAUCCUAGUAAUUGUUCUUGUAGAUCCAAGGUUUUGUCUAACUGUAAUUCUACUACUCAGGUCGGUAAAUACCUUGACUGGAUCGACAGAGCCGGCCCGUCAGUCAAUAAUCCCCUGUACGCCACAAUCCACAUUGGCAGACCCUGCGUUUCCCCUGCUGGAAACUUAGCUGCCGGAAGUAGCGUAGACCCUGGGCCUUCGACAUCCGGCGCAUCCACAUCUGCGGCUGCUGCCAACGAGCCCAGCACGUCUUCGAACAUCAGACCGAUAUUUUCUUCGCAUAAUCCCUCCACUUCGCGUGGCUCUGUUUGCUCUGCUAACCGUUCCACCGCAAAGCGCCAGCACACUUGCGACGAUUCCUGCAUCAGAAAUCAAAGUGGAGGCAUCGCCGGCAUCUGUCAAUUCUUCGGCAGAUGCGAGCGAGCGGAAUGCAAUCAUGGCAGAUUGUCAGUGCAUUGGUGGUAUGUGAACAAGUGGCUGCUACCUUGGAGUCCUCAUAUCUUCGACAGGAACGUGGACGCUGUACCCGCGAUGGAAGAGGAAUCCCGUAAUCAACACGAUAGCGACAGCGACGACGCUUAAUGACUAUUAAUCCCCUAAUUUCUACGAUCUAGUGAUUCAUUUGGCAUUAUUGGAUAGCGUUUUAUUGCGAUUGUUUAGACGCCGUUCAGACUCCCGACCGUAACUGCUGCGAAAGUUAAGAUAGGACUAAGUAUCCGUGUCCCCUUAUUUUUAACGAGUGUAUAGUAAUGAAGUUGUAAUUUGUGAUACUUGAGGAAAUGAUGUACAUCUCCCUGCACGAGAUAACGAGAGGAAAGUAAUAUCGAUAAAUAAUCGCAUUGUACUCCUUUGUUUGAACAAUCAACAUCCAGCUUGUUACGAAUACCUUGGUAAGGACUAGAUAACUAUUGUUGAAUCACAUUUGAAGUUGAAAUCUUCGGUUGGAAAGUUAUUCUAAAUGUUUAAGAUGAAUUCGCACAUGUAUCGACAAUAACAAUGCUUUAUAUGUGCUCCGGAUAUUCUGAGAUAUUUAUGUCUAAGGAUACGUCAGCUAUAGAUUUCGUUUAUACAUACAUAUGUUUAUAAAUACGUAUAAUGUCGCUUAAGCAUACGCAUAAUCAAAGAUAAGUUCUGCCAAUAUCUUGUUGAGAAUUUAUAGAAACUUUUUGAAUUUUAAUGACUAUACCGCCUUUCAAUGACCGCCUGUUUCGAACUGUUUUAAUUGUACGAUAAAAGAAAAUUGCCAAUUUUAUCGCAUUGAUCCUCUUGUAUAGAGAACUGUGUGUACAAUAGACUAAUAUUUGAACAUGUGUGUUUUACUGUAUAAUGAUGUGAAAUGUAUAGAAAUUGUAACUUUUAUAAUUCGUCGGUGAUUCUUUUGACUCAGCGUUGUUUUCUGGGUCAAAGAGGAGAAGGAAAAGACGAGAAAGAGAGAGAGCGAGAAAGUGCUUCUGGCAUAUUUUUAUAAGUUUAGUAAUAAAGAUGUCUGAAUAAGUCGAAACAGAAAUAUCUUUUUUUAAAUGUUAGUCGGACGAUAUUCGUUAGAAACAAAUCAUUGGUCAGAACACGAUGAGAUAAAUAUGUCGGGUAUAAGAAGCUUUACGUUUGAACUUGAGAACUGUUAUAAAUACAAAUCUAUAUUAUUUUAUUAAAUCUUUAUUAAGUCUAUAUUAUGAACAAAAUAGAGAACCAUUUAAGAGCAACAACGUUGGAACAUCAUAGUCGAGUUAAGAUCAACAAGUGUCUGUACAUGACCAUCGAAGCGUCAUCUCUACGAAAUUUUGUACUGUCUCUUAUAUCAUGGUAGACGCUCCCAGUAAAUCAACAGGUAGCUACACAGUUAGUGUCUGUAGCAUAAGUUAGUAGGGAAUCUAAUCUUAAAUGACCAACUGGUUGCUAUUAUUUGUUUGUAAUUAUCGUACUUGAUUCGUAUGUGGAACUCAUGACGGGAAACUAAGAAGAAUUGACUCGCAAUAUUUGAAUGCUCUUGCGUGUACAUUAUUAUUACAUUAUUAUUACUAUAGUCGAUAUUAAGUCGUCCUUAUAAAAUUCUAGGUUUAUAAAUCUGAAAAUGUAUUAUAUAUUUUAUUUUAAUUAGUCUCUACAACGUACCAUACAAAAUUUCAUCCAAGGCGAAUAGAAUAAAUUGCAAUACCUUCGGCGUGUAAUAUAAUUUUUACACUCACAAGGACAGGUUUAAACAUAUCCUUAGAUAUUUUACGACUUAAGCAUUAAUUUGUAUGUAAGAUUCGUAAUGAAACAAUAUUUUGAGCCUAAUAUACUAAAUUGUAAAAUUCGUGUUGGGUUAAUUCCCUCUGUAACAAUACAAUGAACCCUCACGGAUUCGCCAAAUGUAUAUUUAUUUUUUGUAUUUAGUAGUUCACAAUAUAUACCAUGACAAUUAAUUGAAUAAAAAAACAUUGAUUAUAGAAA